CUUUUUAUCACAAUAUAUCUUCAUUUGAUUCCUCCUUCACCUUCUAAUCCGGCAAAACAAAAGUUCAAUGGCGUUUUUUUCUACCUGCAGCCUUCUCAUAGGUCUUCUGCAACUAUUCUCAGCUUUGUUUCUUAGUCUUGCUCAAGAUCAGUCAGGAUUCAUCAGUUUGGGUUGCGGCUCGCCGAGAGGAAAAAGCUUUCGUGAGAUUGCUACAAACAUUACUUACAUUUCCGAUGCGGAUUUCAUUAAUACCGGUGUUGCUAGAAGCAUCAAACAAGAUUACCGUAGGGACUACCAGCAACAAACAUGGAACCUACGGAGUUUUCCUGAAGGCAGAAGAAACUGUUAUACCUUGAAUCUAACCAUAGGGGACAAAUAUCUAAUCAGAGCAAGUUUCCUUCACGGCGGUUAUGACGACGAACCCUCAACGCAAUUCGAGCUCCACCUUGGGCCUAACCUAUGGUCUACAGUUUCAACCACGAACGAGACCAACGCAAAAGUCUUUGAGAUGAUUCAUCUCUUGACCACUGAUCGCUUGCAAAUCUGUCUUGUCAAAACAGGAGACUCGAAGCCUUUUAUAUCCGUUUUAGAGCUUCGUAAACUCGUUAACACAACUUACUUGACCAAACAAGGGUCAUUGCAGCUCGUCGUCAGAGCAGACGCUGGCGCAAUUACCGACACAGUCUACAGGUACGGGAAAGAUGUGUUUGAUCGUGUCUGGACUCCGUAUAAUUUCGGGAAAUGGUCACAGAUUAGUACCAAUCAGACGGUGAAUGUCGAUAAUGACUACCAGCCACCCGAGGUCGCUAUGGUCACAGCCUCUGUUCCAACAGACCCGGACGAACCUAUGAACAUUUCUCUCCCUGGGGAGGACCGCGCUAUGCAAUUCUACGUUGUUAUGCAAUUUGCUGAAAUUCAAGAGCUCAGUUCCAAUGAAACAAGAGAGUUUAAUAUCAUGUACAAUGACAGGCAUAUCUAUGGACCCUUUAGACCGCUUAAUUACAGAACUACUUCUGUAUAUACCCCUUUCGAAGUUGUCGCGGAUGCAAAUGGACAAUACAUCUUUUCGCUUCAAAGGACCGGAAAUUCGACAUUACCUCCUAUACUCAAUGCCAUGGAAGUUUACUCGAUCAGCUCAUUGCCACAACAAGAAACUGAAAGAAAACAAGUUGAUGCAAUGAUGAACAUAAAAUCGGGUUACGACUUGAACGAGAUUGACUGGGAAGGAGAUCCCUGCGCGCCUCGGGAUUACAGGUGGUCUGGUGUUAAUUGCAGUUAUAUUGACAAUGAGCAACCAAAGAUCAUUUCUUUGAACCUUUCUUCAAGUGGCUUGACAGGAGAGAUAUGGGAAUUCAUAUCAGACCUUACCAAUUUAGAAGUUCUUGACUUGUCUAACAAUACUUUAACUGGUUCAGUCCCAGAGUUUCUAGCAAACAUGAAAACCUUAAAACUCAUUAAUCUAUCAGACAAUGAUCUAAAUGGCUCAAUCCCUGAAACUCUCCUUGAUAAUGCACGAAGAGGAUCAUUAUCGUUAAGCAUUGAAGGAAAUACUGGACUCUGUUCAUCUGCUUCAUGUGCUACCGCGGGAAAGAAGAAGAAAAGCGCGGUUAUUGCACCUGUUGCAGCAUCACUUGUUUCAGUCUUGCUCAUAGGAGCUGGAAUCGUUACUUUCCUUGUCCUUAAGAGGAAGAAGAGAUCCAAGCUUGGUUCAAAUCCUAAUUCAGGUACUGGUACAACACCGUUACAUUGGAGGUCUCACCACGGCUCUGAAUCUCCCAUUAUAGCGAAGAACCGGAAAUUGACUUACCUUGAUGUUCUAAAGAUCACAAACAACUUUGAGAGGGUUCUUGGUAGGGGAGGUUUUGGUGUGGUUUAUUACGGCAUCUUGAAUAGCGAACCAGUUGCGGUUAAGAUGCUCACUGAGUCCACUGCACUUGGUUACAAACAGUUUAAAGCCGAGGUUGAGUUGCUUCUUAGAGUUCAUCACAAAGAUCUCACAUGUCUUGUUGGAUAUUGCGAAGAAGGCGAUAAAAUGUCUCUGAUCUAUGAGUUCAUGGCAAAUGGAGACUUGAAAGAGCACUUAUCAGGGAAGCGUGGACCGUCGAUACUAACUUGGGAAGGAAGGCUUCGUAUAGCAGCUGAAUCAGCGCAAGGAUUGGAAUAUUUGCACAACGGAUGCAAACCCCAAAUAGUUCACCGCGACAUUAAGACGACUAACAUCUUAUUAAACGAGAAAUUCCAAGCUAAGCUUGCGGAUUUCGGGCUUUCACGGUCUUUCCCACUUGGAACUGAAACUCAUGUCUCAACCGUAGUCGCUGGAACUCCCGGAUACCUCGAUCCCGAAUACUACAGAACUAAUUGGUUGACCGAGAAAAGCGAUGUGUUCAGCUUCGGUGUUGUUCUACUAGAGCUAGUAACAAACCAACCAGUGAUAGACAUGAAAAGGGAAAGAUCACAUAUAGGUGAAUGGGUAGGUUUGAUGCUAUCAAGAGGAGACAUUAACAGCAUUGUGGAUCCUAAGCUUCAAGGAGACUUUGAUCCAAACACGAUAUGGAAAGUUGUUGAGACCGCAAUGACUUGCCUGAAUCCGUCUUCUUCACGGAGACCGACGAUGACUCAAGUGGUAAUGGAUCUGAAAGAAUGCCUGAACAUGGAAAUGACAAGAAACAUGGGAAGCCGUAUGACGGAUUCAACUAAUGAUUCUUCAGUUGAGAUGUCCAUGAAUUUCACAACAGAGCUUAAUCCAGGAGCUAGAUGACUCAUAUCUUUUGUAAAAUUUGAUUGAAGCUACAAGUUUCUUUGCAGACACGUUUCUUUCUUUUUUUCUCUGUUUGUGAUGAACAGAGUCAGUCUUAAUUGCACUCAGUUCCGGUUCUUUAUUAUUUAAAAUUAAAAUCAUUAUUUUUUUUUAA